GACGAGUAUCUGUCCCAGGUCCAGCAACUCGUAUUAACCCCCGCAUUACCACUUCACGAGUGCCUGUCCCAGGUCCAGCAACUCGUAUUAACCCCACUUGACAAAUGCCUGUCCCAGGACCCUACAUUCACUAUAUCUGGUCUCCCUGGACCCUGCAUUCACUAUAUCUGGUCUCCCAGGACCCUGCGUUCACUAUAUCUGGCCUCCCCAGACCCUGCAUUCACUAUAUCUGGUCUCCCAGGACCCUGCAUUCACUAUAUCUGGUCUCCCCGGACCCUGCAUUCACUAUAUCUGGUCUCCCCGGACCCCGCAUUCACUAUAUCUGGUCUCCCCGGACCCGGCCUUCACUAUAUCCGGUCUCCCCAGACUCUGCAUUCACUAUAUCCGGUCUCCCCGGACACUGCAUUCACUAUAUCUGGUCUCCCCAGACCCUGCAUUCACUAUAUCCGGUCUCUCCCGGACCCUGCAUUCACUAUAUAUGGUCUCCCCAGACCCUGCAUUCAC